UUAAAUAUCUCUGGAACAAAUGCAGACAUUUGCAAAUGGUAAACGCCGAUUUUAUUCUUUCAUGCCAUUUCAUGUGAUACACCAAAAAAAUGAAGGGGUUAAAAAUUUGAUCAUAGUACCACUUUAAAUAGGCUCUUUUCUGAGGCAGGAAAAGGGUAACUCCAGGAAGAAAUUCCUGAAGGGCUUGGGGGGUCAGGAAAAAAUAAAACCCCCCGUCAAUAGGGGGUGUGUGGAUUUUAACUGGAGUGGUGCUGAGUCAAAUAUAUAUGUCAUAAACAUGUAUUGUGUCUAUGUGUUUGACCAGACAUUUUGCAUUUCCUUGUCGCUACUGCUUCUUAGAAUUCCCAGUUCCCAUUGCAUCCUAAUUCCUCCUCGGGCUCACAGUUCUAUCUGCCGUAAUGUAGACUAUUCAUGAACGAUCUGAAUACCUACAUGUACCUACUGUACCUAGCUACCAACCUACAGAUACCUACCUAAACCCACCUAGAUACAUUACCUUGAUGUGCAUGUAUAGAUAUUAUAUAAUUAUCAAAGCUUUCAGAUUGUAGGGUAAUAUGCAAACUAAAUAAAACAAAAUGUUAGUUAACAUGUAACAGAGAAACACUGGUGAUGUGUUGCUCAACCAUUGGUGAAACCCAGGCCAACAAACAAUGUUAUUUAUCCUGACCCUUAGCUUGAUAGACUAUUGGUUGACUAUCAACUAUAAUGAUGGUCAACCAUUGACUAAUUAUAUACAUAUAUAUUUAUCUCUGCAUGGAGGAGAUGUUGUGUAACAUGUGCCUUACAUUUUAUCCAUUCCAGAUGCUGGCCACAGUGGUUGUUCUUUAUUUGCUGAAGCUAGCUGGUUUUGUCAAAUUUCCGGAUUAUUCCCUGUCAACUUUUCACAAAGUUUGGCCGCUUCCACUAUUGUACGUUGGUAAUCUUGUUUUUGGAUUAGGAAGUACCAAGAGACUAAAUCUUCCAAUGUUCACUGUUCUGCGGAGGUUUUCAAUUCUGUUUACCAUGCUUGGAGAGGCAUGGCUGUUAGGAUCAAAAGCUAAACCAAUGGUUCAAGCUACGGUGUUUCUUAUGAUCUUUGGAGCUCUUGUGGCAGCAAGUGACGAUCUUGCAUUUGAUGGCCUUGGUUAUUUCUAUAUCCUUCUAAAUGAUGUUCUUACAGCAGCAAAUGGUGUUUAUGUAAAGAAGAAGUUAGAAUCAAAGGAACUAGGAAAAUAUGGUUUAUUAUUUUACAAUGCCAUGUUUAUGUUGUUGCCAGCUAUUUUCAUUGCGGACUUUACUGGUGAACUAGAUGAGGUUGUGCUUUAUGACCGAUGGAAAGAACCACUUCUUCUGUUAUACUUUUCACUGUCCUGUGUUAUGGGGUUUAUUUUAAUGUAUUCUAUAGUACUGUGUACUCAAGCAAAUUCUGCACUUACUACCACUAUUGUUGGAUGUCUGAAGAACAUAUUGGUGACUUACUUGGGAAUGUUUCUUGGAGGAGACUAUGUUUUCAGUUGGACAAAUUUUAUCGGACUCAAUAUUAGUGUCUUUGGGAGCGUGAUUUACUCAUACAUCACAUUUAGAGAAAAAGAUCCUCCCUCUGCUCAAGGUGCGACAACCAGCAGUGAUGGAAAACAGCAGGUUUCCGUUGUUUGAAAAUGGAGAAUAAUACAAAGCCAUUUCGGCCAAUCAUAUUACUUGCAUACUCACAAACUAAUGUACAGUUGUAACAGAAAUAUCUUUGGGUUAAUUUUUCAGCAAGUACAUGUCAAAUAUACAUACUAAGAUAUUCUUGGUGUCAUAAACAUUAUCAGCCACCCUGAUAGUGAACUAAUUAUUACGGUUUUUUUUUUUUUAUUUAUUUAUUUAUUUUUUUUGUGCGUUAUUUAAGCUGCUAAUGUACGGGACACCAUGGAAGAAUUAUGUACAGUAUUGUUAAUGAAAGUGAAGUAUGAUCAUCGCAGUAGAUUUUCCAAUUUAAGCAACUGGAA